AUGCAUGUAUUCAUGCUUUCCAUACGGGAUUCCACAAAGUUGGUAGGAAGUCGAAGCGCACUAACGUAAUAGUUAUAUGGUACGUUGCAGCUGAAACUACACUCGGACCGUGGCGACGGGAAUUCCCCUCAUGGAAUCGCCGACCCGCUACUCUCGCAGCACUUGCUCGAAGGCUACUCUGAGGAGGAGCUGCAAGAGUAUCGGCAAGUCUUCAACAUGUUUGAUGCCGGUUCGUGCCGCACUUCCUCUCAAAACGUCUCCGAUUUCACUUCAGACCGCUCCGGAGCCAUUGCUAUCGACGAGCUCGAGGCGGCUAUCAAGAAUUUAGGCCUGGAGCAGACGCGCGACGAGUUGGACAAGAUUAUCGACGAGGUACGUUGUCAAGGUGAUCGGGAACAGCUGGGCCAAGAGAACAGCUGAUUCGAUUGGGUUUUGCGGCGCGCAGUUUCGUACCUGGUAGUUAUCACAAAAAGUUGUCGUUUCAGGUGGAUCAACGCGGAAAUCAUCAAAUCGAUUUUGACGAGUUUUGCGUGGUUAUGCGACGGUUGACGAUGAAGAAGAGCAACUGGAACGAGGUGGUCAAGGAGUGCUUCACUGUUUUCGAUCGGGUAUCAAUCGCAUUCCUUUUCUGCGUACACAUCUCUUCCUGUUUUCAGUCCGAAAACGGCGGAAUUUCGAAGCGAGACUUCCGCUACAUCCUGCGCGAACUGGGCGACAUAACCGACAAUCAGGUCAUCGACGAGAUCUUCAACGAGGCCGACGUCGACGGAAACGGAGUCAUUGAUUACGACGAGUUCACCUAUAUGGUCAAGAAUUAUAUGACCGACGAUGAUAUUGUUUGACAACUGUGAUCUACGGAUUUUGAAUGAAUUUGGGAAACGUGAACUCACACACUUCGAAUAGAAUUUAUCUGAAAUCAUCAACUGAUGAGAGAUUAUUAUUAGUUUCACUUGCCCGAAUUACUCGAUUUGACAACUGACAAGGUGAGCGCCGACGCUCGGAAAAUGUGGUUCAACGAUAGUCUCAGAAGAGCAUGAAUCAUUUUCUCGAGCUGAUGACCGUUCGUAAGGCCAAUUGCUCGCCGCCUUCACCCCCACCUCCAGCCGGCUCCGUCCAAUUGGCCACUCCGAAAUUCUACGCGCUUUGCGGGAUGGGCGGCUCGAUCUGCUGCGGGUUCACGCAUCUCGUGAUCACCCCUUUGGACAUUGUCAAGUGCCGGAUGCAGGUCGAUUCUGUCAAGUACACGAGUGUCGUACAGGGAUUCCGGGUGACGGUGGCCGAGGACGGAAUGAGAGGACUCGCUCGUGCGUGGGCUCCCACUACCAUCGGCUAUUCGGCGCAGGGAUUCGGAAAGUUCGGCUACUAUGAGAUCUUCAAAAAUGUGUACGGAAGCCUGUUGAGCGAGGUGAGUUCGGUGCGUGAGGGCUAGCAACGAACAGUGAGUAGUUCAGGAAAACGCGUACACCUACCGUUCUAUAGUGUACACGGUAGCCGCCGCUUCCGCCGAAUUCUGCGCCGACCUUUUCCUGGCGCCGUUCGAGGCGGUCAAAGUUCGAAUGCAAACGUCUUCGCGUGCUCCCAAGACGAUGCGAGAGUGCAUGCCGAUGAUUUACAGGCAAGAGGGAAUGAACGGCUUCUUCAAAGGCCUCCCGCCGCUCUGGUGCCGUCAGGUUCCGUACACCACUGUCAAGUUUGUGUGUUUCGAGCGCAUCAUGGAACUCAUGUAUUUGCACGUGGUUCCGAAGGCGAGGGCCGAGUGCACCAAGACAGAACAGCUCCUGGUCACCUUCUCGGCUGGCUACAUUGCAGGCAUUCUCUGCGCGGUGGCCUCGCAUCCUCCCGACGUGAUCGUCUCCAAACUCAAUCAGGACCCGAACGCCACGUUCGUCGGCACGGCCAACAAACUUGGCUGGAAGGGCUGCUGGACCGGACUCGGCGCUCGGAUCGUCAUGAUCGGCACCAUCACCGCAAUGCAAUGGUUCAUCUACGACGGAUGGAAGGUGCUGAUGGGCAUUCCGCGUCCGCCUCCCGCCGAAAUGCCCGAAUCACUUCGCAAGAAAUUGAUGCAAUGA